GUGGCCGGACGCGCUGCAUCCGGUCUCCGCGGCGACCGUUGCCAUGGCCACCCCCGCCCUUCCUCCCCCGCCCCCCAAGAUGGCGGCGGCCGCGCGACGCGCCCGGUCACGUGGCCCCCGCGAGGCCGCGCCCCCCGCCCCCCCCCGGUGCCGCGGGUCCGCGCCGCCGCCGCCGCCGGGUCUUAAAGGGGCCGCGCCCCGCCCCCCCGAGCAGAGGCCGCGGCGCAGCGCGGGGCCAACCGUGCCGGCCCGGCCCGGCCCGUGCCGUCGGGGGGCCGGCCGCGAACAAGGGGGCCGCCCGGCCUGCAGGUGUCGCGGCGCUGGUGUCCUGCCCCGUCCGGAGCCCCAGGUCCGGCGCGCCCCUUCGCCUCCCGACGUCACCAAUGCGCCCAUGGGAACUGGCAGUGAAUAGGCGGCCGCCCUCUGCCCCCUUCUCCCAGCGGCGGUUCUCGGGGGGGCCCUGCAGCAGCCCCGAGCACCUGCGGCGAAGCCCCCCCGCCAGGCGCCAGUGGGCACGGCGCGAGCGACCUCUGCAAACCCUUCUGGCCCAGGAUGAGAGCUACCCGCCGCCGGCCUUCGCCCAGCCUCAGGCGCCGCCCCUGCCGCAGCCCGUCUCCGUAGAUGAGCCCCGCGCCUACGCCCUGGCCAGCACGCCGCCACGAAUGCUGCACCCGGCUGCGCACCCGCCCCACCAGAACCCAUUCAUGGUGGAUCUCCACGAGCAGGUGCACCAGGGCCCCGUCCCCCUCUCCUACACGGUGACCACGGUCACGACACAAGGCUUUCCCCUCCACACGGGCCAGCACAUCCCCGGGUGCAGCGCGCAGCAGCUCCCAGCAUGCUCCGUGAUGUUCAGCGGCCAGCACUACCCGCUCUGCUGCCUCCCGCCCCCGCUGAUCCAGGCAUGCGCCAUGCAGCAGCUGCCCGUCUCCUACCAGACCUUCCCCCCGCUCAUCUCCAGUGACCAUUACAUCCUGCACCCGCCGCCGCCCGUGGCGCCGCACCAGCCCCCGCACAUGGCCCCCCUCGGCCAGUUUGUCCCUCUGCAGGCCCAGCACCCGCGCAUGCCUCUGCAGAGGAUAGACAAUGACGUGGAGCUGCGGGGGGAGCAGCACCCCAUCGGGGGCUUCGCCUACCCGCCCUCGCCCCAUGGCCCGGGUCUGUCCCCGUCCGUCCCGCUCCAUUACCUGCCCCACGACCCGCUGCACCAGGAGCUGCCGUUCGGCGUGCCAUACCCCCACAUGAUGCCACGACGCCUGAGCGCCCAGCGGUACCGACUGCAGCAGCCCUUGCCGCCCCCCCCACCCCCGCCGCCCCCGCCCCCCUACUACCCCAGCUUCCUGCCGUACUUCCUCUCGAUGCUUCCCGUGUCGCCGACGGCCGUCGGGCCCACGAUCAGCCUGGACCUGGACGUGGACGAUGUGGAGAUGGAGAACUACGAGGCGCUGCUGAACCUGGCCGAGCGGCUGGGGGAGGCCAAGCCGCGGGGACUCACCAAAGCCGACAUCGAGCACCUGCCCUCCUACCGCUUCAACCCCGAGAGCCACCAGUCGGAGCAGACUCUGUGUGUCGUGUGCUUCAGCGACUUCGAGGCCCGGCAGCUUCUCCGAGUCUUGCCCUGCAACCAUGAGUUCCACGCCAAGUGUGUCGACAAAUGGUUAAAGGCCAACCGCACGUGCCCGAUCUGCCGGGCGGACGCGUCGGAGGUGCACCGAGAGGCCGAGUGAGGCUGGCCCAGGCUCUGCCACGCGAGGCCCAAGAGGCGGAGGGCGCGGGGCCGGGCUCUGGCAGCCCCUCCUCAGGCGUGGUGAGAACGUGGGCCCGGCUGCCCCCUACCCCGCCCGCCCGCCCGGGCACGGACUCGGCCUGGCGCCACCCAGCGGGCUGCCCGCGGCCCCGGGGGCUGCGCCCAGGCCCCCGCACUCCAAAGACGCCGUCGCCGCCGCUGCUCAUCACUCUCCAGGUCUCCGUUUUGUUGUUCGUCCUCCUCCUCCGUUCUUUUCUCUGUCGUGUUUGGUUCUGUGGCCGCUGGACCCUUCCCCCGGCGCGGCGGGGACAGGCCUGCCCGGCGGGCACCAGGAGGCAUUGGUCAGUGGAGCGCUGCAAGGGCAGGACCCAGGCCUGAGGCACUGCUGGGCGCCUGCCUGCCUUUGGCGUCCCCGGCUGCUUGGUUCUACCCGCCCCAUCCCCCACUGCUGCCCUGGGGGCAAGCUCUCCCACCCCCCAUCCGCAGGGCCGUGGCUGGGAGCGAGGCCUCCUGGGCAGAGCAGCUGGCCCGUGCCCUUGGGGCCACGCGGAGAAUCAUGGUGGUGGCUCCAGCGCCCAAAGCUCUGCUGUGCCAGGUGCCCCGUGGCCUCUUCCCACCCUGGGCUGGGUGUGCACCUGAUUUUUAAGUAUCCCCCACAUGAAUUUUAAUUGCACUUGGGGGUGACUCACUCCAGCCAGCCCCCUCUCCCCAAGCCCCCGGCCCGGCAGAGCGUGGCUGGUGCUGGUGCUGGUGCUGCCGGCGAGCGGGGCUGGUGCGUCCUCUGUCUCGUGGCGUCUUUUUCCUCCCCUGGCUCGUAUCAUGGAGAAGCCCAGCUAGUGAUUCCCCCACCCCGGCCCUGGAGGAGCCGUGUCUUCCCUUCCCACCCUGUUGGGUGGGGCCCCUACCCUUUCCCCCUCCCCGGCAGGGCUGGGCCCUGGCGAUGCCUCCACGUGGCCUGUUGCCCGGGCGCGAGGAGCGCGCUGGUCCCGUGCCUUCCCGCGUGUGCACGCGCCAUCCUGCCCAGGCCCUAACUGACCGACCGACCGUAGCAGGGAAGCAGCCGCGCCCGGUGCCCUAGAGCUCUGGCCGUCGGCAGUCGUGUUGCAUGAUGUCUGGAGGGGCCACGGGGAUGCCCGGCCCCCUGUAUAGUUCACACAUAUGCAUGCCUGUAUGACCAGCUUGGGACGUGGUAUUGGCCGACUCGAGCCAGCUGUGGGGUGAGGGGGGUGGGGCGAGGGGGUCUUUGUGCUCAGCUGAUUACUGCCAUGCACUGUACUGCACAUGUCCGCGCGCCGCAGCAGCACCGUAAGGCUUUCGGGGCGCCUCUCCCUUCCCCUCGCCUGCCCGCCGGCCCAGCUGGAGGGGGAGGUGGGGUCUGCGCGGCCAGCCGGGCUUGAGCUCCCCUCUCCGCUAGCCAUAGGUGACCGGGGAGCAGGAUCCUUCCCCCGCCCUCAGCCAGGACUCUCCCAGCCCCGCGGCCAUGAGAACAGCCCCCAGCCCUGGUGCUCGUGAGCUUCCUGCAGGCACAGACUGGCCCUGCCCUGGGGUGGGCGCACGGGGGAGCAGCCGCUGCUGGGAAGCCCGGGCUGGGCCCAGGUGCCUUCCCCUGCCCGCGUGGGAGGGGACGGGAGGGGGCUGCGGUGCCCAGGGAGAGUCUGGCCCGGCGGCACCCUGCCCACGCGGCCUCCUUCCCGCGGGCACCAGCUCUCAGCAAUACACCGCGUGGAAGCCGCCUGGCGGGGGCCGCGGGAGCCCGGCUGCUCUCAGGAAAUCCGGCCCUGGGGCGAGGGGUUGCAGAAGCCCCCGAGGACCUGACCCGGCCCCAGGGUGCGGGAAGGGCCUUCGAAAUGCAGCUGCGGCGGGGCCGGGGCUGCGCCAUGUGCCGCCGACGCCUUCGCACCCCUGCACCGUGUGCAUUGUGGGACUCGCCCAACGGCAGCUUCCGAUUGGCUGGAGCGAGGGACCGCCACCCCCUCCCGGCCAAUCCAGGCGAGCCGGGCUGGUUCCCGCUGCCCUUUCGAGAUGACCCGCUCCCUUCCUGGCACUCUGAUUGGCCAGCGCGGUUGACACGCUGGCCAGCCCGCAGUGCCCUUUCCCCUUGCCUCGACCUCCCCGUCCGCUCGGGCGCGGGGCAGGUGCCCGGGGAGGGCGGAGGACACCAGCACCCCGGGCCGGCGGCUCCCUCGCCCCAACCCCAACCUCCCGCGUGACACGAAUAACCAAAGCUCUUUACUGUACAUACGGCAGGUGACGUUUCUAUGUUUCUAGCCAGUCGGAGCAGUGUUGAUGCCCCUCUGUUUUAAACCCCCGUCCCCGCCCCGGUCCCCCGCCCCUCCCUCCCGCCCGGCGCCCCCGGGCGGUCUGGAAAGCCUUACGGUCCUGUUGCCGGCGCCUCGAAAGCUCACAGCUCGUGUGCUGCAGAAUUUACUCCGAGGAGCAGCUAAAAGUAUCAUUUAAAAGACGAAAUAAUAAAAUAAUAAGAAGAAAAAAAAGACAAAAAAAAGACAAAAAAAUACUUAAAACAAUUAUCUAGGGUGUUUGUGAUUGCUGAUUGCGCUGUAGAUACCACUGUUUACCAAUGAUUUCCUGUGGUGGGAUAGUGGACUGUUUACUGUUCUAUUAUACCAGUCCCUCGGCCUUCCAGCGGGACAUCCCCGGCCCCUGGACGGCGCCCGGACAUGUGUUCUGUGUUAGAAAGUCUUAUAUAUAUAUAUCUAUAUACGUGGGUACAGCGCUAUAUACAUAUAUAUAUAUACAUAUAUAUAUAUAUAUAUAAAUCUAAUUUUUUUUUGCUCUGUUACUUGCACAUUUUACAGUUACCUCAUUUUCCCCAUGUAUGUAUUUGAGAAAAAAAAAGGCUAAUAUAUAGAGAAAAAAAACAAAGGUUCUUAAAAGCUCUAAAAGUGUUUGUUUUUCUUUUGGGUUUUUGUUUUUUGGGGUUUUUUUUCUCCAUUCCAUUGGACUCGCAUUGGUUUUGUAGCAUCUCCCCUCCCUCGUCUGUUGUAUUAUAUAUAUGUGUAUUAUACUGAUGGAAAUUUUUAACAGAUUUGUACUUUUUUUAAAAUGAAAGUUGCUAGUUCUGCUUGACCGAGUAGUGCAAUCAUUAUUUUUUUUAAUGUUGUGGCUGAUUUUGAGAGGGAUAUUCACUAAUAAAUGUAUGAUGUAUACCGA